AAAAAAUCGGUUAACAAGUGUUAUUAAUUUCGCGUUUUUAUAAUAUAAGAAUUAAAAUAAGGAUAAAAUCAAAAAUUUUAAAUAAAAAAAAUCUUGCGUUUAAGGUAUAAAUAAUUCAGUACAAUUUGAAUACAAAAAGUUUGACUUAAUAUUAAAGUGGGUUUUUUGCAAGAGAGUAUAAAAAAGUACGUUAUAAAUAACUGCUAAAUUUUCAUAAAUAAAUGAUGGACGAUUUCAAAGAGUGGUUAAUAUCGAAAUUAAAACCCUUAGAAAUAGAUGAAAGUGUUUUUGGGGAAUAUAUUAUUGGAAUAUUAGAAGAUAAUGAUAAUGAAAACGAAAAGGUGGAAUCCUUGGAAGGUAUUUUGCCAGAAAUGAGUGAACUAAUUAAAGAAAUAGUUCUAAAAUGGAAUGAUUUUAAUGUAGAUGUUAACAAAAAAACAGAACAAUCAGAUUCAAAAGAAAUAGAUAUUGUUAAAGAUAUGGCUGAUAUAUUAGAGAAGAAAUUAGCAACAUCCGCUGCGGUUAAAACCUAUACAGAUGAUGAAAAACGUAUUAGAGAACAAAUUUUACAAAUAUACAGUCAAACUGACGUGCCAGAGCAUGAUGAAGAUUGUUUAGAUGCAUGUGAUGACGGUGAUGCUGGGUUAGAAAAGAAUACAAAUUUUUUAGAUGUGCAAUUAGCUCAAAAGGCUCGUCGAGAAGCAGCUAAAGCUGAAAGUUUAAAAAAGAAAGAAAAAGAUAAAGAGGAUCGUGAAAAGCAAAAACAAUUAAGAGAACAGAAAAAAGAAAAGAGAAAAACAGUUAAACAAGAAAGAAGAAAAUAAUUUUUUUUUGUAUUUUUUUUUAUAGUGAAUAAUGUAGGUAACCUCUUUUACUUAAUAAUUAGAUUGUCUAUGCAAAUACAAAAAGAAACGAUUAAAAUAUAAAAACGAUAUGAACAUACAUAAGUUGAUAAUAUUUCUAUUUUCCCAAGGAAAAAUUAAAAUCUAAAAAUAAUAAAUGAUGAAUUUGUUGAUUAUUACCAAAAAAAAAUUGUUUUAUUUUAA